GGUGUACCCACCUGCCGGCUCUUACCCCGCCCGCUCCCCACGCCUGCAAGGAGCCGCUGCGCGUUCCGCGGCGUGGCACGUCUGCGCCGGACAGGCAUUUAUCCCUGUGAUGAGCUUCCUCCUUAGAACUGCUUUUGCUGCAUCCCAGCAGUUUUGUGUGCUGGAACUUCUCUGCUGGACCCCCAGUGUUCCACAAAAGCACUCUUCUCAGGCAACUUUCCCUUGAUGAUUUUCAAGGAAGCUGAGCUACAAAGUGGCAAAAGUCUCUAGGAAGCCAGAUGGCAAUGCCUCUGGGGAAACAGGUCUUUUUCACUGGCCUGGCGGCUAGCGGGGGCUGCGCCCUUUUGUACUUCCUGGUCCAGAAAACUUUCUCCAGGGCUUCCUAUUACCAGCUGGCAUUGGAGCAUCUGCACAGCCACCCUGAGGCACUGGAAGCUCUGGGCACUCCUCUCAAUGUUCACUAUCUCCACCUCACCGACAAGUACAACUUUGUGGACAUUGCCGAUGCAAAGUUGAAAAUUCCUGUCUCUGGACCCAAGUCAGAGGGCCAUCUCUACGUCAGCUCAUCCAGAGAUGCCCCCUUUAAGAGGUGGAAUCUUCAGGAGGUCGUCUUAGAGCUUAAGGAUGGCCACCAGAUUCCCUUGUUGUUGAAGCCCAGUGGGGAGAAUGGCGACGAGGUGAAAAAGGAGUGAAGGUGAUCAAAGACCAGCUCUCUCUGAGCCUGGCCUCCCUUGUGACCACGUGCACCACCCUGGCGUAUGGUGAUCUUGGCAUCAUUCUAAUUUGAUCACAGUGAACCCUACUGAAGUUUUUCAUUUAAUCAGAAAGUUACUAUAAUUUAUAAGAAUUUGAAAGUUCUCUCUGUAGAAGCAAAGCACAGAAUAAAAGGAAUCUUAAUUAUUUUGAUUUC